CGACGACCUCGAUCCAAGACCAACACAAUGGAUCUCCGGGUACUACGCCGCCCCAUAUUUGACCUCCUGGCGGGGCGAGGCCAAUGUCUCCUCUCUGGCACUGUAUCGAGUCGCCGCAAUGAGUCCAGCUAUCGCCGGAUGAAGAAGAAGUUAAAUGUCAAGCCCGACGCCUCCUUUGGCUUUUCGAAAGACUCUCCUUCCACCGACCACAUCAUCUUCAAUCCGCCAUCAUCCGCUCCUUCGGUCCUACACACUCCCUUGAAGUUUCUCCCUAAAGAGGACAAACGCCGACAGCUCUACAGCGUUGCGAAAAAUUCGACACUCGGCAUCGACGAAGAGGCCAAACUCCCCCCGGCGAUCCUGAAGCAAAACGCGGGAUACCAGAGGUACCAUCUCACGCAAGAGGAUGUUGCUGAGAUCAGAAGGUUGAGAUCGUCGGAUCCGGAGACGUGGACGCGACUGAAGCUGGCGAGAAAAUUCAACUGCACCUCCCUUUUCAUCGGCAUAUGCUGCGAGGCAACCGCCGAGAAGGUUGCUCUCGAGAAGGCAAAGCUUGAGGCGGUGAAGGAGCGCUGGGGUCCGAAGAGGAGGAUGGCCAGGGAGGAUAGGGUCAAGCGCAGAGAGGCUGCGUACCGCGACGAAUAAGGGGGCCGACGACGAGGAUUUGCUACGGAUGUAUAAAUAAGCAGGUUUCCGCGGCUCGGGCGAGAUGGGUCGAUAAAAGGGGCAUGGAGAAGUUUCGUGCUCAGGGCGUGGUGAGAGGGCUACGCGGACUCGAAUUUUCAUUGAUCCUGUACAAUAUAAAGGGAAGCAUGAGGCGGCGGCCACGGAGUUUAGCACUAUGUUGCGACUGUAGAAUAGAUGUCUGAAUAAAGAUCAUAAACACUGCGAUGAAUUGUUGUUGCAGUUGGACUUAUUUGAUGG